AACAGACUGAUCAAGGGCCUCUCGGGUCAGGGCUCCCGCGGCCUUGCUGGCGAGCUCACUCCACUGGAGGAGGUCCAGGAUGUCGCCAAGGACUCGUGCGCAGCCAACAGGAAAUUUUUUGGGGGGUUUCGUGGAAUUUUCGGCUGACGACAUUGGCAGCCGCCGAGUGUGUAUUUUCUCUGGCUCUGCCCCGCGCUCUUGACGGAAAAUGCGUCAUUCGAAUAGUCGAAGGUCGAGCACUGCUUGCUCGAGCCGGCGUCUCUCGGUCACGACAUGGCCGCCGCGCCACGCCGCCCGCCGGUAGAGAGGUAGAGAGGGCCCCCAAAUUGCAGCCCGGGCCAUUCCACAGGUCUACACUCUGGUCUACACCGGGCCCGCGCGCAACCGCCAACUUGCACCCGACACCCUUCAGGGUGGCCAUUGACGCUCGAUGGCGGCCGUUUUAGGGUGGAGGGCGGUGCACUAGGUGCACUGCACCACGUGCCGAUGGUGUCGGACUCGUCGGACUGCACCGCGACGGUCAGCGGGUCGAGUGCUUCCUUCGGGCGGUGUGGGUGCGCGGCGCGCGGCGACGCUGCGGGGAGAGCAUCAAGACCAUGUCCGCGCCCCUCGCCGUGGCGUCACUCCUCGUCGCCCUCAUGGCCGCCUGCGCCCCGGCAGAGGCCCAGCUGAACGGGGCCGAAGGCGCCGGGGAGCUGUUCAAGGCCCUGAACAACCUCGGCAGGUGCAGGGAGGCCACCGGGACCACGGAGGAUGAGGUGCGGCGCAUGAUCGAGACGCACCGGGUGCCGACCUCACGCAACGGCCAGUGCCUCAUCGCGUGCAUGGCGGAGACGUACGGAGUGAUGAGGGAGGGCCGGUUCAGCGCGGACGCGGCCAUGCAGCUGGCGGACAACAUGCUGCAGAAGAUCGGCCAGAUGAGCGGCAGCCUCCGCGGCGAGAUCCAGCACGUCAUCAAAACGUGCAGCAGUGCGGGCACGCCGGACAUGGACGCCUGCGAGACGGCGGCCAGCGUGGCGAAUUGUGGCGUCGAGGAGUCGAGGAAGAUGCGCACGAUGCGGGGCCACGAGAGGAGUUCGAUAAGCCGCUUCGGCUGAGCGCCAAGUGAAGCCGACCGCCCCCACGACAGGGCAACUUACCCUACCCUCGCCCGCCGCCCAGGCAACCCUGCCAGACGCGACGCGGCGACGCACGCGGUGACGCCACCACAGCGCCGUUCCGCGCCGAGAUGUGCGCUCCACGUUUGUGAUAUACGAAAUGUGAAAUAAAACGUACAACAUGUCU